AUGUCGGCCGAUCUUUUUGCGGCUUUCGCAGACACCCCAUCAAGCACAGCACCUCAGCAGCAACAGACAAAACCAGCUCAGGACUCCUUCUCCUUUUUGGACUUCGCUUCACCGGCUCCUCAACCGCAAACGCAAGCUCAAAUUAGCCAGCAAUCCGCACCAUGGCCGCCUAUUCAGCAGCUGGCACCGACACAAGGAAGCUCUUUUGCGUCAGCUCAGUUCGGUCAUCCUCAGACCAAUAACAGCAAUGUCUGGGGUGAUUUGGGUGGAUCGGGGGGCUUCCAACGCCAGAGUACGACAACACAAGCGCCUCCAAAAACAUUCACACCAGUACAAGAUGACCAGGAGGAUGAAGAUGACUGGGGGGACUUUGAGGCUGCAACGAAGCCAGCCGAUCCGCCGCAGCCUCCGGCUCCACUGACAAAUAUCACCAGCCCACCAUCUAGAACCCGUGUCACCAGGGCAUCGACCAUGGACUUGAUGGGCAAUCAACUGUUCAACCUUGAACUGGAGGACUCGCAUAAACCGAAGAGAAACCCGGACCCUGAUGUGCUCUUUGAUGCCGAUUUUGAAGCGGAGAAUGGGGACAUCAAUGAGGAUGACUUUGGUGAUUUUGAGGCUGUGCCUGCCCCUGUAACAGAGCCCACCACAAAACCUGUAGACGACUUGCUUGGGCUAGACGUGGACCCGGCCCCAUCAUCUAAGAAAGCACCUCCGGGGUUGUCUCUUUCCAACGCGGCUUUCCAUGGGAGUCCUUCAGCUUACCCGAAGGCACCAAAGUCACCCUACGGAUCAUCUUUUCAUGACCGCAAGCCCGAUCUUGUGAAGGAACUUCAAGUAAAACCGCCCACAGGAGUACGCAACAUCCAGGAAGCGAAUCAAGCUUCGCCAUCUCCUAUUACAGCAUGGCCUGAGGUUGGUGACGGCUUUGGCAACAAGUGGGAGGAGUUCAAAGACAUCCCAGAUACCACCACAAAACCCGCCAUCAAAACAGCUUCACAGCCCAAAAUCAAGACAACCUCGAAAUCCAAGCCAGCCCCAGCCCCAGCGACAAAUUCAGAGUGGGAAUGGCAAGACUGGGGAGCAACAGAAGAAAAGGCCCCUCAACAUAGCAAUCCACCGGCACAACCAACGCCAUCACACGAACCUCGCGGUCCUCCCCCGACCAACAUUCCUCCACCCUCUGUUCUUCUCUCACUUUGUCCUCAACUACUCGAUCUUGCCACAACGACCCUUCUCAAACCUCUCCUUACUCUAUCAACCACCUCCCCAGGCUACCAACGGAUCAUCGGCUCCGCCCAGACCCUCUCUUUCAUUAAAGGUUACCUAGCUUUAGCCACGGUCGUGUCAAGAUUAAUAGCAGGUCGGAAGCAGCGUUGGCACAGGGACAAGUUCCUAUCACAAAGCAUGACCAUCUCUGCUGCGGUUGCAGGCGGGAAACCAGGCAUGAAACUGGCCGGUAUAGAUAAGACUCAGUCUAUCCGUGAAGAGCAAGAAGUAGCCGAGGUCAUCGAGGUUUGGAAGAAGCAAGUCGGUAGGCUACGGGGCGUUGUCGCGGCAAUGAACAGUGCUCAUCAUGAGAACCUCAAGAUUCCCGAGCUUGCUACAAACAUGGCUGUCACCGCGGCAAAGAAUGUACCAGCCGCCCCAAAAGCAUGCGUUGUCUGCGGACUGAAGCGAGAUGAACGGGUCGCCAAGGUGGACUAUGAAGUCGAAGACAGUUUCGGUGAGUGGUGGAUCGAGUUCUGGGGGCAUAGGCAGUGUGCCAACUUCUGGGUGGAGCACGAGAAGGAGCUGCGGCAGAGGUAA